AUUUCAAAACAUAUUGCGUGAAACAAUAAAAUAUGCCCGUGAGGUUGAUUAUAUUCAGCGCCCUAGUGCAUUUAGUGGAAAUAUAUGGCAGUUUUUUUCCAAUAAUUCACCCAGAUCGUUUGUAUAAUUAUUAUCCACCGGAAAAUGAAGUGACGUUUUAUUUAUAUUAUAGGAACCACACUCCACAUGAAAUCAUCAUUGAUGAUGACGUUUCUUUGGAAAAUUCGCCAUUUGAUCCCGAAUUAUCCACUAAAAUUAUUAUCCAUGGAUGGACCAAUGGAAAAGAUACUCCUUGGGUAAGAGAAUUAUCAGAAGUUUUAGCAACAACUGGUAAAUGGAAUGUAAUUGUUGUUGACUGGGCCCCUUUGUCUCACUUUAUUUAUGUCGAGACUAGACUUCACGGUUACGUUGUGGCAAAACAGGUGAAAAAGUUCGUCCAGUUUUUGGAAAGGAUAAAAACUUAUGCGUUGUCGAAUAUUCAUAUUAUCGGUCACAGUAUGGGCGCCCAUAUUGCAGCUAAAAUUGGCCACGAUGUUCAAGAAGACGAUAAUAAUUGUAAAGUAGGGAGGAUUACAGGAUUGGAUCCAGCUGCGCCUUUGUACGAAUGGCCUCAUAUCGAGUCAUUAGAUGAAGUAUUGGAUCCUACGGAUGCAUCUUUCGUCGACGUGAUCCAUACAAACGGGGGAUAUGUUGGUAUGAUUACCCCAGCAGGUCAUGUUGAUUAUUAUCCUGAUGGUGGUGAGAAACAGUGGGGAUGUUAUCUGUUAAGUUGUAGCCAUAUGAGAGCUUGCGAUUUAUUUAUAGCUUCCGUUAGAAAACCUGAUUUGUUCAAAGCGUAUUCGUAUGAAUCGUGGUUGAAAUAUAUGAAUAACACGUCGCCUUAUUUGGAAGCUUAUCCUAUGGGUAUAGCAGCUUCUCCAGAAAUUCCGAACGGGAUAUAUUUUCUGGAAGUGUACGAUACUUACAAGCCGUACGUAUUCAGUGAAACUACAAUAAAAGAUAGUUUUGAUGGAUAUUUUGAACAGAUGUUAGAACAUUUAAUUGGUUGAAACAAUAAUCGGUAAUUUUUUAUGUACAAAAUGUUUUUAAAAAUCAAAUAAAUCAUUAAUAAAAAAUA